AUGGACCAACCAGCCGAUCACCUGCAGGCUUGCGCUGGCCGGCGGAAGGGUGGAAGCGCUGAUAUCAUCGCGGGACCCCGGACAGUUCAUCGGUGCUACGCCCGCGGUAAUAAUAAACUCCUUCCUUGCAGCAUGGCAAUGAAAUAUGUGAACUACAUCACAUCCAGAGCAAACCCCUGGCAAAAGGCUCCCGCUCCGGUCUUGACGGAAGAGGACGAGGCAUUCUUGCAACGGGUCACGUCUAAUCCUUCAGCCUCAGAGCAGACUGCCUCUGCUCAGGAGACUUCACGAGUAGGACAGGACACCCAGAUUGCUCCGACGGACGGUGCUCAGAACGUUCCGCUGCCGUCGUCGCCUACGGAGGAGGCCGACAGGGAGCGACCAGCAGCUGCGACAGGGGAGAGCAACAAAGAUGCAGAGGACGCAAAGGCGAAAAGCUCUGGAAGUGCAGACAGUCAAACAACCUCUAAAUCGACCAGCAAAAAGAACAAGCUGCGACGGUGGAGUUGGAUGAAGCAGAGUAGUAUGGUGACCAAGAAGAAGGAUCAGAAGGAACCUGCAGCCAGUGUUGCACAAAACGUUACCAUGCCCCAAACCCCCGAAGGCAAGCCCAUAAGCGAGCAAGAGCGGCAACGGGAAAUGGAGGAUAUGACGGCGAUACUGGAACGGCUGAACCUGGCGGCAGAGAACAAUCGGGUCUUCUCCAUCAGCGACGAGACGCAGGAACUGCUGCACAAAUUCAAGCUCAUCUUCAGGGACCUGGUGACGGGAGUGCCGACUGCAUACCACGACCUCGAGUCGCUGCUGGCCAACGGCGACAAGCAGCUACGGGACGCCUUUGGCCACCUGCCGAGCUUCCUGAAGAAGCUGGUUGAGCAGCUGCCGGACCGGUUGACCGAGACGCUGGCGCCGGAACUCCUGGCCGCCGCUGCUGGAGAGAGGGCUUCGCAGAGCGGGCUCGACGCGAGCAAUGCAGGCAAGGCCGCUGCAGCCGCGGCGGCAAAGAAGCUGGGUCUCAAUUCGCUCAGUUUCAAGGAGCUCGUAGCCAAGCCGACUGCGCUCGUGGGCGUGCUGCGGUCGAUUAUCGGUUUCUUGCGAGCCCGCUUCCCGGCCGUUAUGAGCAUGAACGUGUUGUGGUCGUUGGCGUUGUUCAUCGUCCUCCUCGUCCUCUGGUACUGCCACAAGCGCGGCCGGGAAGUCCGUCUGGAGAACGAGCGCCUCGUCACUGAGGCCGAAAUCGCCCGGAUGAACGCCGAGUACAACGAGCAGACCCGCGCGACGGAGACGCUGAGCACGACCGCACCCAAGGGGGCCUCGAUCGGGGCGGUGCAUGAGGGCGUGCAGCAGGUGCAGAAAGCUCGAGAGGGAGCACGAACCGAUACCAAUAAUAAUACCAAUACCAACAGUAACGAUAGCAACACUGAUCCUAAUUCCAUCCCGACAACGACGACCAGCAGCACCACUACUACCGCUAAACCGAUGGGCCGACGCUUCUCCUUCUUCAAGGCUGCACCAAAGAAGGGCAGUAGGAGCAGUAUCAGCGGCGACAUUAUUCAGCCGUAUCCAGGGACCUGA